CGUCAUGUGCACGUGAGCUGAGCGGCAAUGUCAUUAUUGUUUGGAACACCGCCCGUACAGGUCACGAUCGGUUCUCCGAUCGUACAUCAGCUUCACAGUUCCUACAUGGCGUUGGGGUAGUAGGCCUAUACCUUUGGGUGAGUAUAUACCGAUUCCGUGGUUUUACCCGCAUUUAGACGACGGUAAUCUCAAGACAUUUUGUUUUCGAGAUAGACCGUAGGCUUAGACCUUGCUACGUGCUCUGGGUCAUUCCCCUGCUAUGUGUCUGGGGAAGGAAACUAGACAGUAAUCUUAGGGCAGUUCCUGCUUCUGUAGAUAGGCUGUGAGACCUUGCUAUGUGCUCUAGGUCGUCCCCCUGCUAUGUGUCUGGGGAAGGAAGCUAGACAGUAAUCUUAGGGCAGUGUUUCUGCUUCUAAAGAUAGGCUGUGAGAUCCUGCUAUGUGCUCUGGGUAAUCUUAGGGCAGUUUUCUGCUUCUGAAGAUUAUAAACUCUGUGAGACCUGACUUUGUGCUCGAGCUUAUCCCUUGAUAUAUGACUGGGAAUUUAGUUGGUAAUCUUGCGGCAGCAGCUGACUUAGUCGUAGGAGAGACCUUUCUGUGUGGUCUAUUAGGCCGUUCGUGACAGAUUCAUUUAAGACAACGUUUUAUGUCAGUUGCUACGGCGAAGGAUAGACUUUGAGUGUGAGACUCGAUCGGACUCUUAGAGAAGUCUAUAUAUCGUAUGUUGAAUCAUGGACCUAUAAUAGGUCCAUGGUUGAAUUCACCAUGGGCAGUGUGCCAGGGUUAUCUCGAGCAGCAUUUACGCGGUUUUUCUUCCUGUGAGGAGUACCAUAUAGGUACAUGGUAGUACGGGGGGACAACGCUUGGGCUUGCAAAAUCCAGACGAUGGCCUUGCUAUGCGUUACAUUGUUCCACUAGUGGAGAUUGAAUAAGCGCCCAAUUAAUCCUUCGGAUAGAUCGUUAUCGAUUGUUCAAAUGACCAGUAAUGGACAGAGUACUUUUAUUCAGUCGGCAUGUGCCAACAAUUCAUCGUGUAACCAUGUUGUAAUCAAGCUUGCCUCAGGCAUGUCAGGUGUGAAAAGCUUAAUAGAAUUGAUCAGCCAAAAUGACAAAGGCCCAGGGCCAGACAAUACCCGCCAGCACUAAAUGGUUCCGAUGCUUGUCCGAAAUUACAUGAAUGUAUCACGUGACCCGAACACGAGGUAAUUUAUACAACUUGGAGGCCCUCACAUUCAUAGCUCAUUUUCACUCUGGGGUUCAUUCCGCGAGAUGCAGUCCUCAGGCUCGGAUCGUACUGCUUCGGCCCACCCCUCUACACCGGCGGUAUGGUUGAAGGAGGGACACUCCCUACGUGGCAGAGACAUGUUCCCGGUCGCCGCGCGCUUAGUUCAUCCGGACGAGGUGGAUCCAGAGAAUUUCGCCAGUCUGUCAAGAAGAUACCCUCUUACAUCGUAUUCUUUCGACGACCUGGGCAGUGAAUUCAAAAAGCUUACUGGGUAUGACAUUACGAAAGCCCCAGAAGCCGCUGCAGGGGCACCCCCCAACGUGGAGCAGGGAGCUGACAAUAACAAUGUCCCGGCCCCUCACGCUGAUAAUGAGGAUCCAGCAGUACGUCUAAAACUCCUAGAAGGGGAGGUCAAGCGCAUAAGACAGACGCAAGAAGGCACAUCAGUCCAAACAGCCCUCUCUCAGUCGAGGUUCCAACCCGACAGAUGGGAACUCAACACCGGAUUCGAUCCUCUAAAAGCUACUUCCGAACGUAGGUCACCAAGGCGGACCGAGUGUCGGGGUUCGGUGCCCUCUCUCUCUUCACCCACUGUGCUGUUACUAAAAGUUUGGGAUGUCAAAGGUAAAAACUGGCAAGACUGUCUUGACUCACUCUCCCUAAGAGACCCUAAUUCGUUCGUAGCGGGGCAGCUACACACAGAAAAGCAAAACUGGUCCAUACUGCUCGAUCAGGUUAAUGAUAAAGAUUCUAAGUUGGUGGAAAAGUGGAUUUUCAACGAAGUUGAAAUAGUGGAUUUCUUUCAACCUUUUAAGGGUUACUUCAAAGGGGAAUUCUAUGACUCAAAGCUUCCCCCGGCAAUGGUCUUUCAUAACGCGCCAAAUUGUGCCCAACACAAAGAGGAUAUCGUGAGUCAUCUAGAGGAAGGUUUGCGUAAUGGUUCGCUUGAGCUAGUAGGAAAGGUUGGAGAAGUAGACCCCCCUCAUCUUGUGAUGCCUCUCCUGAUGGUUGAUGGCAAAAGGGAAAAGAGGCUCUGCCAUAAUGAGCAGUUUUUGAACUUAUGGAUGCGCCACAUUCCGUUCUCUCUUGAGGGUCUCUCUCUCCUUCCUUCCCUACUGGAUCAAGGGGAUUUUAUGGCGUCGUCUGACGAAAAAUCAGCCUACUUAGGAGUUUGCUUAUCUCCAGCUUCGCGAACCUAUUUUGGGGUACAGUUUGCUGGAUGGUACCUAAGGUACACGGUUCUGCCAUUUGGCUGGUCGGAAUCGCCAUACAUCUACCAGACCAUUGGGAUGCAGGUUACGUUCAUUCCUGCGUCUCCGUGGAAUGAUUACAACUCAGUACCUCGACGAUAGAUUCCUUGGCCCGUUGAAAUCCAUCAUUGCAUCUAAAUUGAAUCAGACCGGAUGGUCCAUUUAUUUCAAUGCAGCCAUCCUUGACCUCUUGGGUUUCUUCAUAGAACAGAAUAAGUCCCUCUGGUUCCCUGUCUUAGCAAUGAUCCACCUUGGCCUUUGUAUUCACUCUGAAUUGAGACAGUUUAGCAUCCCAGAGGCUAAACGGGAGAAUUUCAAGAUCUUACGGGAAACCAUUUUAGAGUCGGAAGCUGUGCAUGUCAAAACUAUGGAAAAAUUCAUGGGCAAAUGUAUGUCUUUUAAGUUGUGUAUCCCAGUCGCAAGGCUAUACAUCCGGAUCAUGGCUGCCAGCAUUUCAAAGGCUUUGAAGUCAGGGUCCCCCAUCAAAAUUUGAGGGCGAUCUUAGGGAAGAAAUUCUCUUCUGGGGCUACAUCGACAACUUUGAACAGGGAUCAACAUUUUCCUGGCGGCAUGUGAUUCCCAGGGUAAAACUCCGGUUCAGCACGUUGACUGUGAAUUUAUGACAGACCUGAAACCUCUUUGCGCAUGCCCUCUACGUUUGGCUUAUAACACAGUUGUAAGUAAAAUCUCCCAGAUGAAAUCCAUCUUCAUAGCAUUGGGUAGAUGCCGCCCCUGGGGUCAGAUCAUUGGUAACCCGGCUAUCUCCGAGGAUAUAUCCAUUUAUCAGAAACAAGUCAAAGUGGAACAGAGCAAGGCUCAUGUGACCUCCAAACAGGCCAAACCCAUUUUCAUAUCGAAGCUAAGGUUGUUGGCGCUCUACUUAGAGCGUCACUUGGAAUCAGAAUCGGAAUCUUCCGAAUCAUUUAUCUUUGCUAGAGACCAGGCCCUAUUCAAGCUUUUAUUUUUUGGGGGCGACCGGUCCCACGAUCUUGGACUGAUGCUCUGUCAAGAACUGAAGGAACUCCCAAACCAUGAGGGCUUCCUUAUCAGGCACACCUGGGGUAAAACAGCCAGAAUUGAUAGGCCCAAGGUUUUCUCGGUUCUAAGGUGUCAGGACAAAUCUUUAUGCCCAGUGGAGGCUAUAGAAAGGUAUUUUUCUGUGGCAAAGUCCAUUGGUAUCAAUCUUGGGUGUGGUUUCCUGUUCCGUCCAGUGUGGAAAGGCCAAGUGUUAAACAAGCCACUCUCAUACGAAGCGAUAUACGCUAGACUUAAAUUCUACUUGCGCUCCCUUGGUAUUGACGAGGGGGAAACCCCUCACAGCUUCAGAGGAGGUUGCGCAAUAUCUCUUCACGCAGCCACAGGUGAUGGGAGGGACCUAGGCGCCGUGAUGCAACAUAUUGGCUGGGCUUCAGAGGCAUCAGCUAAGCAUUAUACCAGGGCAGAUUGCUCUAACCAGACCCGUUUGAAUGCCAGGCUUAUGCACAAUCUAAAUAUUGUUUCUCAGGCUGAACAGGAUUUUGUCAAUGAGAGAAGUCUACCAAAUGCCUUACCACGUUUGUAAUUUCUCGAGUAUAGGCCUGGGUAUCCGGUGUCAUGCAGUUAUACAGGCUACCCACAGUCAAGAUUAAUACGGUCUCUGGAGCAGUAAUUGCAUGCAGUCUUCCUAGGCAGUCCAGUACAUAUAUAUAUAGAGCAGUUGUAAUUCUAUUUUGUGUUAAAACCUAUUUCGUAAUAAAGCCAAAAUAUAGUUGAUUUACUUGUUUCCUGUUUUUCUAUGCUUUGUUUAUAUGUAUGAGUUUGGGGAUGAGUUUGGGAUAAAACUCUGUAUAAAACACGCAUACCUGCUGGGCAGGGGUUAGCGUAGUCAGUCUGUGUGGGUGGAGAUUCGCAACAUCCCCCAAUCUUAUCAGCAUAACAUGCAUGUGAUGGCGCACCACUUGGAAUAGGUAUAUUUCCAAAGUGGGGUGACGUCAUGUGCACGUGAGCUGAGCGGCAAUGUCAUUAUUGUUUGGAACACGACAGGGACGGAUGUGACGAACGGAUGUCGGAGAGGAACAAACUGUGCUCCA